AUGUCCCUUUGGCAACGGACAUGCUGUCAGUAUACAUGCUGUCAGUAUAGUGAUGUAGGUCUUUACAGGCAACGGACAUGCUGUCAGUAUACAUGCUGUCAGUAUACAUGCUGUCAGUAUACAUGCUGUCAGUAUACAUGCUGUCAGUAUAGUGAUGUAGGUCUUUACAGGCAACGGACAUGCUGUCAGUAUACAUGCUGUCAGUAUACAUGCUGUCAGUAUACAUGCUGCCAGUAUACAUGCUGUCAGUAUACAUGCUGUCAGUAUACAUGCUGUCAGUAUACAUGCUGUCAGUAUAGUGAUGUAGGUCUUUACAGGCAACGGACAUGCUGUCAGCAUACAUGCUGUCAGUAUACAUGCUGUCAGCAUACAUGCUGUCAGUAUACAUGCUGUCAGUAUACAUGCUGUCAGCAUACAUGCUGUCAGUAUACAUGCUGUCAGUAUACAUGCUGUCAGUAUAGUGAUGUAGGUCUUUACAGGCAACGGACAUGCUGUCAGUAUACAUGCUGUCAGUAUACAUGCUGCCAGUAUACAUGCUGUCAGUAUACAUGCUGUCAGUAUACAUGCUGUCAGUAUACAUGCUGUCAGUAUACAUGCUGUCAGUAUACAUGCUGUCAGUAUACAUGCUGUCAGUAUACAUGCU